GAAGCAGAAACAGGAGACAGGAGCUGCACCUAAAACAAGACUUCAAAAAUUCAAUGUUGUCUGCAGGAUCGUCGACUCCCGGGAUGCCCACGGUGCCGUUCAGCUGCCCAGCCUGAAAGACUGAUGGGAUCCAGACAGUGAGAUGAUGUAGCCCUCCAAAGCAGCCCCUCCCCCUCCUGUGUUUUUCCCUCCAGCAUCCUGACGUUGAACCUCCAGCCGACCAGCAGCCGUCAGUGUGACAGUGAGACGUCGCCUUUUGGUGAUAGAGAAACAGGCGGAAACAAAGUGACCGAGGUGUUGGAACCCCGUGUGGACCACAACCCUCGGGGUGGCCCCACCAUGAAACCUUCACUCUCUGUGGGCCCCCAGUCUGGUCUGCUGCUAGUCCUGAUAUGCUGCCCCCUACUGGGCUUGGUCCAUGGCACCAACAGUAACAAAGCCAACAAAGCGGUGCACCCACACCUUGGCGAGGCUGACCCUGAACGCUGCAUGAGACACCACUUUGUGGAGACAAUCACACACCCAAUCUACAAGUGCAACUCCAAGAUGGUGUUGCUGGCGCGCUGCGAGGGUCACUGCAGCCACACGACCCGCUCCGACCCGCUCAUCUCCUUCAGCUCGGUGCUCAAACAGCCCUUUAAGAGCACCUGCUCCUGCUGCCGGCCGCACACAUCCAAGCUGAAGGUCAGGCUGCGCUGUGCCGGCGGCACGCGCAUUACCGCCACCUACAGAUACAUCCUGGCCUGCAACUGUGAGGAGUGCAGCUGAGCUGGGAGCAGCAGCUCCCAAACCGUGAAGACCCAGCAUCCUCUUGGCCCAAAGCUUUAACGCAGUGUUCUGGUUGAUUACUGGAUCAAAAACCUGCCCGGGAGGACGACAACUUGAGACGCUUGUUUUUGUCUGGGGGAUGAUCGCUUGGAGCAGUCGUACACCCUCAGACCGGCCAUAAGGUUGACCUGCAGCCUUUGGGACUCAAACAGAACAGGAUAUCUUUGAAAACAAACCUUCGGUACUUCAACGCCAUCCCGCCGCUUCCUCGCCACUAAGCCAUAGAUACUGUACAGUAAAUACAAUCAGUGUCAACCAUAUGGAAGCGUGUUUUGACAGGCGCCCCAUGGGUUUGAGACCCUCCUUGCUCUCACUGCAAGCCUCUAUAAUUCAUAACACACACACGCACUGAGCUCAUUACAAAUGUUUGUAACAGUGCUGCCAGCUCCAUGAAGCCCCUGCAGACUUUUCUGAAAAGCAUCAUGGGAUACGAUGAGGCUCGAUGAGAAUAAGUGGAGCUUUAAGGAUCCCUGCAGACUGGCUGUAAAACGCGGUCAGCUCUGACAUCACCAGGUGGACAAUACACAAACACGACAAACGUUUGUUUGUUUGGCAGCUUGUAUAAAUACAUGCAACAGACGGUCAGCGGGUUCAGUGCUCACGAAUCCGUCUGAACCUUCGUGAUGUUCACGUCCACGUUGGUAAAACUGCAGUUUCAGCCUUUCUAAAAAUGGAGGUUUUUAUGUCAUGUGUCAUGAAGUGUCAUUAUGACAUCACUCUUACAUGUAGUUCAUUCCCGAUGUGUGUGCCAUUCACAAAUGCAGAACGCACAACUGGUUUUGUCUGAAUUUAAAAUGAACAAGUUGUUCCAAGUGUGGUUUCUUCUGCAAUAAAACACAAAUAUUU